AUGCCACGUUGCUCGUCUUUCAACGCACAUACAACGCCGCCAUGUUCGCUGCAGACCCGACGACGCGUACAAGUAUUGUCUUGGCUCCGUCACCUUGUCCUGGUUGGCGCCGCCAACAAGGUUGACGCGGCAAGUAAAAACCUGGCUGGACAUUGUAUUCGACGAUAUCGACCAAAUUGGCCAUCGGAUAGUGUACAGCACCCUCCGAUGGAAAACCAACUGGGUCAUUUGCAUGGACGGCGGCAAUCAGAGACAUUCAUGGAGCCGGCUUAUUCUUUCCAAGGCGCCAGCCGUAGUAAAAUAAAGUGCUUCAGUUGGAUAGGCGACACAAAGCGAUUUUCCGUCCCAUACUCCCAGAUAACUCUUCAUGCUAUUUCCAAAGACCCUCGGAACACAGCCAGUGGAGAUCAGAACAGCACAGUCAUUUUCCCCCAUCCUCAUCUACUUGUCAUGAUCGACGGCGACCGUUUGUGGACCCCGUUACCCAAUAAUGGGACAGAAGAAGAGAAAAUGGCUGUUGAUGAGGUCGAAGCGAAUGCAGAUACGACUGGCGAAGAUGACAAUGGAGAAGAUACAGAUUCUGAAGGACGUGCCUCAGAUUGUCCGGGAGUGACUACCAUACUUCGUUUUGUUCCGGCAAACCCAUCCGUGCUCGAAGGCAUGUAUAAUGCGUUGGCCGAAUGUCAAGCACUGAAUCCGGACCUGCAGGACGAAUUAUCCAAUUCCGACUUAGAUGAUUUGGCAGAAGAAGACGGUGAAGAAGAUGAACACCCAGGGAACGUUCUUGGAUGCUCAUCGCGGUGUUUUCUGUGUUAUGCUAUUGAACGGGGCACUGUGCAAGCUCUGUUCGAUUCUAUACCGCUGUAG